AUAUUCGUUGGCGAAAUGAAGCGAGUUUUGUGGUACAUCGCCAAGAUGGCUGACGCGUCGCCGCCGUUACCUGCGAAGAAAAUACCCGAAAAUUUAUACGAACUGUGCCUGACGAAUUUAGUGAAUUUUUGGUACAAAUCAAAGUGUUACAAAAAGGUCUUGCGUUUACUUCCAGAUACAGUGGUCAUGGACGUUUAUUACAAGAUGCUGCAGGAGAAGAAGUUGUGUAUUUUACACACGGAGCUAUCAGAGUUGGAUGUCUUCGAGAGGCUGUUGCGGUUCGCAGGUUGCCAGCUGAAACUCCUCGAGUGCUUCCAGGCAGUCAUAGAACACUGUUCGAAGCUGUCAACCGAACUAGCGACCGCUUACGUUGAGAAGUGCAAUGCGAACGUCAGAUCUAGGAACUCUCUGAUACAGCUCGGGUUGAGGCUCGGUGGAUUCUUGAACGAAGCCGGGUGGUACGCGGACGCGCAGACCGUCCUCCUCAAGUGCAGGAGCCUCUGUCAGGCACAGCCGCAGUCGACGUACUACAAAAGACUGACCCUCGAAUGUUGUCAUAGAUUAUUGAACACACAAUCAGCGUAUUGCUGUUUCCCCGCCGCGGCCGAGACGUACUCGCUGGCCUUAAAGCUAUUGGGCAUCACUGAAGACGUCGCCGAGCUUCCCGAAUGCUCAUUCAGUGUGGCGGAAACUUGCGACGUAGCCUCGCAGACUGACGGCGACAUCACGAAUCCAUGCGAGAGGGAGGGGGAGAUAUCGGAGGAGUGCUGCAGAUGCGGCAGCACCGGCACGUGGGGCUCCAGCAGUCUGCUGGCGCGGCUGUGCAAGGAGUUCAGCUCGCUGUUCUUCGUCCGCUGCGAUUACGGAGCCGCCUACAUGUGGAGCAUGAGGGCGCUCAAGCUCCUCACUCCGCACACGCCCGUCAAGAUCACGAUCGAGGUGCUGCGCGCGUGCGGCAAGGCGUGCGUGGUGAAGCGGCGGUUCCGCGGCGCCGGCCUGCUCGUGCGCCACGCCGCCGCGCUCGCCCGCGCCGCCUACGGGCCGCGCCACCCGCGACACGCCGCCGCGCUGCUCGACCUGGGCUUCUACCUGCUCAACGUCGACUGCGUGCUGCACAGCGUCGCCGUGUACGAGGAGGCGCUGGCCGCGCUGAGCGCCGCGUUCGGCCGCCACAGUCUGCACGUGGCCACCGCGCAGGAGGACCUCGCCUACGCGCUCUACGUGCUGGAGUACUCCUCGGGACGCUUCUACAAGGCGAGGGAGCACGCCGAGAGGGCCAUUAGGAUCAUACAGAACCUGGUGCCCCCUGACCACUUGCUCCUGGCGUCAGCGAAACGCGUCAAGGCUCUCAUACUGGAGGAGAUAGCCCUGGACACGCCCGCGCGCCAGGACAUGAGCGAGCCGAGUCUGCUGGAGGAGUCGGAGGCGCUGCACAAGGCCGCGCUGGAGCUGUCCAUGCUGGCGUUCGGCGAGAAGAACGUGCAGACCGCGAAGCACUACGGGAACCUGGGCCGACUCUACCAGAGCAUGCACAAGUUCCACGACGCGGAGACGAUGCACCUGAAGGCGAUAGCGAUAAAGGAGGAGCUGCUGGGCCCCGAGGACUACGAGGUGGGGCUCAGCAUCGGCCACCUCGCCUCGCUCUACAACUACCACAUGAACAUGCACCGCGCCGCAGAGAAGCUCUACCUGCGCUCCAUACACAUAAGCGUGAAGUUGUUCGGCGAGCGCUACUCGGGGCUGGAGUACGACUACCGCGGGCUGGUGCACGUCUGCACGCAGCUCAAGCGGCACGACGCCGCCGCACACUACGCGCGCGUGCUGCAGCGCUGGCAACAACUUCGUGAGAAAUCUAAAGCGGAGCAACAGCCGGCCCUCGGCGACGAGGAAGUGCUGUCAUUAGAAGAACUACAAGCGAAACUGUUCGCGCCCAACGACUGAACAACAUCCCGAGCGAUGUUAAGUGAUCGUACUGUAAUAAGAACCCGUAGUGCUGUGAACUCUACAGAGUGUAGACGGAUUGCUUCCGAAAUCGAAAUUGUUAUUAUGUUACCGCCGCGACCCGUAUUAAUUAAUGAUUUUGUGAAAUUGCAACAAACACGGGACAAGACUUGGGGUCAAUGAUCGCACUCACGCGCUAACAGUUCAUCGACCCCUUAAAUCGCAGCAUUCUUAUUUGUCAUACACUGCGUCACUAAAAUAUAGUUCCGUUCCAUCGUUUUUGGAAGCGAUCUUUAUAUGCCCUGUAUAUAUUUUAGGAUAUAUUUAAAAAAAAUUAGAGAAAAAUGUAAAUUACUUACGAAAAUACAAAAAAAACAUGUUUUGUAAGGGAACCCUUGAAUACACGAAACCGAUAUAUCAAUACUAUACUGCGUCUAAACUUGUCGCUACACUUCAAGAUCCCAUGUGUAGCGUGCAAAACUCUCAGGUCAACGACCCAUCGCUCUCAGCGUCGGAAAUGUACAAAAAAUGUCGAUAUUUUAAUUAAGUUUGUUAAUAACUACAUCGGAUUACAAAUUUUAUCGCUUCCAUGGGUUGACGAGCACGUAACCGCUCUCUUGUCGAAAAUUGGUCACUGCCGUCCAUGGACAACAGUAAAGCUAAAUCUAAGCACUCCUUAAGCCUCGUUAUGUAAUGUACGAACUCUCCAGAAAAAUCCCAGAGGAGUUUAAUCAUUUCAUUUUAUCUAGUACAUUUUCGAGAAUGGUUCCCUUACAUAGAUCAGAUAUAGAUUAGUAAAACAUGUACUGACGUUGCAGAUACAGCUAGGACAUAAUGAAUUUGUAAACUCAUGUUUUUUAACAGACUAGAUUUAAUUAUUAUUUUGUAAAUAAAAACUAUAAUAUUUAUUUGCUGUAUUUCAGUUUAAAAAGUUCCACUAUAUGACCGCUUAAGGUAAAACGAUGUUUAGAACAUUUUAAUUGGGUUUGUGUUGUCAGAAUGCUUUCAUUAAGUAAAAAAAAAGCUAAAAGGAUCAUGCAUCAAGGAAAAUAAAUUUUGUUUAUUUGAAUGACUCAUUAAAAAUUUUUAUUUGACUAAAAAUCUAUUAUGAUCUCUAAUAAUACCCAAUCUAAUCGUAGUGCAAUUAUUAAUUUACUGUAUAUAUUAUUUUUCGAUUAAAUACGCUAAUAAUAAUAAAAUAAAAUAGAACCUAAAACAAUUCACCUCGUUAUUGAUAAUGUAAACACAUCUUUUAUACAAACAAAACUAAUUUAUAAGAUUUUUAGUCACGAUUUGUAUGUCACAGUGAGGGUUUUUAAAUGAAAUAAUAAACACCUGAAAUAUUGUACACAGCUAUUUAUUAAAUAGUAAAUAUUUUUAUAAACUUUUAAAGCUUAACUGAAUACUAAAAACACGGACCUCACAAAAUAUGAUUCGGAAUGCAAAAACACGCGAUAAAAUAUUAAAUUGACAACAAU